AUGGACUUUGAGGCAACAACAAUGAAUCGAAACGAGAUGGACAAGUCGCAAGCGUUGACAAUUCAAAUAUUCCUUCUAUUUGGGAGCGCCUUCAUUUGCAUAGCUGCGCGAUCCUUUAAGCGAUUUCGGCAGUAUGGUUGGAAGAACCUUGGCCUCGAGGAUGUCCUUGCUGUUGCAGGAGUAAUUUUCUUUGUUCCCAACGUUGUUUUGGCGUACCUGAUGAAUACCACGACACACUGGAUGAGCAACCAGACUUCCUUGGAAAGCGAUUUCAUCGGGACGCAGCCGAACAGCAAUGAAUACCAUUUGAUGGAACUCGGAUCGAAACUCUACUUGUACAACUGGUUCUCUUACUCUACAGCCCUGUGGACAUUGAAAGCGGCUUUUCUGGCAUACGUCAUCCGCCAAACUGCUGAAUCUGGCCGACGACAGACUCACAAGUCAUUUGGCUUCGGCUUUUUGUUUGUAACAUGGGUGGCAACGACGCUAGCCUUCUCACAAAGCUGCCGCCCGCUGUCCAACAUGUGGCAAAUGUAUGCGGAUACAAGCCGUAACUGCCAGCCUGCCACUUCACCGGUGCUGGUAAUGGCCUACUUUAGCUUUGAUACGAUGACGACUCUAUACUUGGCAAUGGCGGCUAUGCCUAUCACCCUGAGGCGAGGCAAGCCUAUGUGGGAAACAUUGCAGUGGAUCACGAUACUCGUGUGUGGGCUCAUUAUCACAGCAGUUGCACUCACACGAGCAAUUGUUCUGGUAUUGAAUCGUAACCAAGGCGUAGAGCGAACAGCAGAGCUUUUGGCUAUUUGGCAAAUUUUUGUCCUCAUCUCUAUUGUUGGCUUGGCAGAGUUCUUUUACCAUCCACAGGAGCCAUCUUAUCCUUCAGACCCAAAGGAUAUCGAAGAUGCCCGCUUCAAUGAUUUUAUUUAUUCGUCUCGAUUCUCAGCGAGGCAGCACAGUCUUGCUGAAUCAGAAGUCACCAUUGUCGUCGAUCCCAGCGAGGAAGACAUGUGCAAGAAGGAUGUAGAGGUAUCGGUUCAGGAGGUUACGCCAGAGGGACGCCGAAACUCGUGGAUUGAACGCAAAAUCGAAGUAUCUGUGCUUCAAGAAAGCUUCAUCGUUGCACCAGACGGGCCUUGCAAUAUCUGCGGGAACUAUACAAGAAGCUGGGCGAACGACGAGGACGCAAACAAGCCAGAGCAGCGGACUCAUUAUUUUGGAAGUGAUAUUCAUUUCCAUGUGCCGCGCUAUGGCCGCAAGACUAGCGACACAGAUGAGACGAUGAUUUGA